CACCAAAAGAAAAAUCUCUUGACCCCGAUCUAUCUUUCAUCGUCUCCCACCACGCUUCGUCCUCAUCGUUUCCUCUCAGAUCGAUCAGAAUCUAAUUCACAGAUCACAAAAGAUGCAACCGGGAGACUACAAUUCCUAUUAUCAUCACCAGCCUCCUCCUCAGUUUCCAAACCCUCCCCCUAAUCCUUACCCCACCCCAUCUCCUCCCACCGCCGAUCAUCCUCAAAACACGUACGCGUCGGCUCCACCGUUUACCGGCGGUUACGGCGCAGGAGAUUACUCCCAGAAUUAUCAUCAAUCUUACGGCCAAAACACCGAACAUGUCCCUCCUCCUCCUCCUUCAGCUCCUUCCUUCACUCCUCCUCUGGCGACAAACCCUAAUUCUUAUUCCGCCUUGAACCAACCGUCCCCGAUUCAUCCACCAGCACCACUAUCAUCUUAUGGAUCGUUUGAUUCUACUGCUCCUCCUCCUCCGUAUCAGCAAACUCAGCCCAUGUAUUAUCCACCCUAUGAUCAUCCUCCUCCAUCAUCUGCACCUGCAGCUGCACCGAAUCCUAAUCCUAAUCCGCCUUACUCAUCCUACUCUCCAACUCCUUACACUGGAGGAGGAGGAGGAGGAUCUUCGUACGACAAGCCUGUGAAAUUCGAUCAACCUUCUUAUGGCGAUUACGGCAGGACCAGAUCCGAUUCAGGCUCUGAUCUAUACGGAAAACAACAACGAUCUGGCAGCAGCGGAGGAGGAGGAGGAGGAGGAGGAUACCCAGCUUUCGAUGAUUCUUCCUCCUACGGAGAUGGAGUCUAUGCUUAUUCAGGAGGCAAAGUUGAGCCGUACGGGUCUCGUGGGACAGCUCCUAAAUCAUCGAAUUCGACCUUGUUCGACGAUUACGGACGGCCCAUUAGCGGUAUAGAUUCCUCCUCUUCCGCCGCUGGCUCUAAAUCCGCUAAGAUCGCAAGAGCUGUCCCCAAGGAUGAUGUCCACGAAGAUGCCUCCGGUGGUGUUCAGAAGUUUCGUGUCAAAUUGUUGGCUGAGACUUACGGACAGACCACUACUGAUGUUCUCUGUCAGAUUGGUUUGGAUGGCCUCCGUAUGCUUGAUCCAAGUACUAGCCGGACUUUGAGAAUAUAUCCUCUCGAGAACAUCACUAGAUGCGAAAAACUAGAUUCGUCUAUUCUGGCAUUUUGGUCUAAGACUCCGGUAGACUUCGAAGCUAAACGUAUCAGACUGCAAUCAAAUAGUUACACCACCAACACCCUUUUGGACACUGUCACUGCUGCUAUGUUUCAGGCUAAGGAGAUUGGGGGAAGUAGCAGGCCUCCUGUCGCUGCCAAACUGGUUGAACAGUCUGCUGAGAAGAAGAAAGGAUUGGGUGAUUGGAUGAACAAAAUAAAGCCUGUUAAUGAGGAGAAAGAUCAUUGGGUCCCUGAUGAAGCAGUUUCGAAGUGCACAUCUUGUGGGUCAGAUUUCGGUGCAUUCAAUCGAAGGCAUCAUUGCAGGAACUGUGGUGACGUCUUCUGUGACAAGUGCAGUCAAGGUAGGAUUGCGCUCACUGCAGAGGAGAAUGCUCCCCAAGUUCGCGUCUGCGAUAGGUGCAUGGCAGAAGUGUCACAGAGGUUGAGUAAUGCCAAGGAAUCUGCUAGCAGGAACAUGAGUUUGCAGAGCCAUGAAGACCUCGCUAGGAAGUUACAGGAGGAAAUGCAGAGAAACCGCAAGUCUUCGUCUGGUUCGAGGGAAGGAUCUGGUAGGCGGAUGAAGGAAGUAGCUUGUCCAACCUGCACAGUGCACUUGCAGGUUCAGGUUCCAUCCUCAGGAUCAGAGACCAUCGAGUGCGGUGUUUGCCAAAACCCUUUCCUUGUUAGCUCGCAUUGAUCUUCCUUCCUACCCGCCUGUUUUGCUCUUUGACAUAUAUUUACCAAUUAAACGUAUGAGAUUUGGGUCAUUUGGUUACUGAAUUGGGUUUGAUCACCAAAAAUAAGUUGUUGGUUGUCUCAUGUGGUUGUUGCUUCCCUUUUAUGUGUGUAUAUGAAAGUCUUUUGAGUGAUGGAACAGUGUUUACCUUCAACGUCUCUGAUCAUGGACAUGCCCCAAAAGUUUUAAACUUAUAUAUGAUUUCAUUGUUCA